UCCCGCGCCUGCGCGGUCGGGGCCGUGGCGGCCGCGGUGGCAGCGGCGAUGGAGCCGGCGGAUCCGCUGAGUGACUUAGUGUCAGCCGAGGGCCGAAACCGGAAGGCGGUGCUGUGCCAGCGCUGUGGCUCCCGGGUGCUGCAGCCCGGCACCGCGCUCUUCGCCCGCCGGCAGCUUUUCCUUCCCUCCAUGAGAAAGAAGCCGGCUCUGGCCAAUGACAGCAACCCCCAGGGCGACCUCCUCCAAGAACACUGGCUUGUGGAUGAUAUGUUCGUCUUCGAGAAUGUGGGCUUCACCAAGGAUGUGGGCAACAUCAAGUUUCUGGUCUGUGCGGACUGUGAAAUCGGACCCAUCGGCUGGCAUUGCCUAGAUGACAAGAACAGUUUCUAUGUGGCCUUGGAACGGGUUUCCCAUGAGUGACAGAGGGGUGGGGACUCUGUGCCACUCCCAGCUAUAAAAAGCGACUCCCCACCAGAACUGGCAUUUCAUCGGGUCUGACUGUUCCGCUGCCCCCUUCUCUCUGGCAGCAUGUCCAGUGGAACUUGCUGAGGGCUAGUCCUGCCUUCUUAAAGCCUCUAGUGCAUGUCCCUUGCUUUGUUCACUUUAUAUCACAUUUCCUUGCCUCCUUCCAGUUUUAGGACAUCAGGUAGCACAAGUCAUUUCUCCUGGGCCAUCUGUCCCGAACCUCAUGUCCUGCCUAGAAGAGCAUUAUUCAACCAAUGAGCCAUGGUACCAUGGUGCAGGUGGUGCGUGUGUGUUAACAGUUGAAUGUUUUUCUUUAGGAAGAAAGCAUACAAGCAGUUAAGAAUG